AUGAUCCCUUCACUCGCGAACGUCGAGCACAUUGUCCUUGUGCUGAGUGGCAAGGGCGGGGUGGGGAAAUCCACCGUGGCCUGCCAACUUGCACUUGCGCUGACGCACUUGCAUGGGAAACGGGUGGGUUUGUUGGACGUUGACAUCUGUGGGCCGAGCGUGCCAACGAUUUGCGGUGUGGCGGGCCGUGACGUUUACCGUGACGAAAGGGGCUGGCAGCCCGUUUCUCUUGUGCCAGGUGACGCAAGUGCUGCCACGGGGGACCUCAAAAUCAUGUCCAUUGCCUUUCUCUUGCAAAGCGACAAGGACGCGGUUGUGUGGCGGGGCCCGAAGAAGGAUGCCAUGAUCCGGCAGUUCGUGGCAGACGUGCACUGGGGCACGCUUGACUACCUCAUCGUUGACACCCCGCCAGGCACUAGCGACGAGCACCUCACGCUCUGCGAAAUACUUCAGCCACUCAACCCUGCCGGUGCCGUGAUUGUCACAACGCCGCAGGAUGUCGCAACGGAUGACGUCAAGAAGGAGCUGUCCUUUUGCCACAAGAUGGGGAUACGCUGCCUGGGGAUUGUAGAAAACAUGUCUGGAUUUGUCUGCCCUCACUGUGCCCACUGCACCGACAUCUUUUCCCGCGGCGGUGGCAGAAAGCUUGCUGAGCUUUAUGAGGUGGAGUUUCUUGGCGCCGUUCCUAUUGACCCCACGCUGGCGCUUGCCGAGGACAAGGGCCAGUGCUUUCUCACAGCCGCUACCGGCAGGGAAGGUGAGACUGUGACGGCUGUGAAGAAUGUCAUUGGCGCCGUGUUGAAGCAGGUGGAGCGGGCAUCGCUGCAAAAGUAA